UUCAGGCUGCUGUACUGUUGCACCCUACGUUUGUUACUGCUGUUGACAUCAAAGGUCAAGCUUUUUCUGAUGCAUUUUGGAGAUGCACUAACUCUGUUCUAUUGCAAAUGUAAGUCCUGAUUCUAUAAUUUUUGCUAUUAAAUAUCAUAUGUCCAAUGACCAAUUUCUGUACCUGGAGCUGAGAUUGACAAAAUGUCCCCGCCGGAAUUAGUCAAGCAGUUCGAGGAGGUUCCUUUUGCGAACUCUGGGGUUGGUCACUUUGUCAAGAUUUUCCCCAGUGUCCGGCAUGGAUAGAGCGUGAGAUACAGUCACCAUGAUGCCGCUGCCGUGAAGAGUGCUGAGGAAGCCCUGGCAGAUAUGAUCGACUGGUUUAACAAGAACCUGAAACUAACGCUAUAGUUGAAGUCUUCCAUGUAAGAUGUAUAUACAUAAAACUUUUUUUUAAUUAACGCUAAGAUACUAUUGUUUCAAAAUACUAUUGUUUUCCCUGGUCUGGACACAGAAUCAUUAAUCAGAAUGGAAUUCGAAGUCCGAAUGAACAUCAAACGAAACUGCAUGAAACUCCGUGCAGUGUAUUCACGAUGGCUCGGAAUCCGACAACACGAUCGGAAUCCAACAACCCGAUCGGAGCAGCAGCGCAAGCGCGUCCUGCCGGCCGACUCGGACUCGCAUUCGUCGGGGGUGAUAAAUAUCGGGGCAUCGUCGCCUUCCCACUCGUCGAUCCACUCAUCUGUUCACCGGUUCUUGUUCUCCCUCCCCGCGGCGAGUCGGAUCCACGGCAAGAGCUUGCUUCGUUGCCAUCUCGCGGCAAACCAUGUCCACACUUGCUCCUCGCGCCGCUCCCAUCUUCGGCGCCAUCGCCGGUGAGCUCCGGUUCCUGAAGCAGCGGCGGGGCGUCGCCGCCGUCGCGCCCGCGGCUUGCGGCGAGAUGGUACGAGAGACGUCGGCCCGCCGCGUCGGCGCCGAGGGGCACUCUGCGCCCAGGCAGAAGCGAGCCCGAAGCGGCUUCGACGUCAAGACCAGGGAGGGCUUUGGUGUUGGCGAGGUGCUCGUCGUCCCUGCGCCAGCGCUGCACCGCCUCGCGGAGCGGAUGGGGACGGAGCUCGACGCCGUUCGCGAUCUCUACAAGAAGGCGAAGCUCUUGUCCCGCGGCGCAGGCAAGAGCGCCGCGGCCCCUGACGGCAAGGACGAGCGGUUCUUGGCCGCCGAACCACGACAGGAGGCGCCAAUGGAGGCGGCAGCGAAAAGGAGGAAGAUUUCCCCGUCGGAGCCCUUGUCGGAGGCGGCGCAGCAGAGCACGGAACCAGAGAAGAAGCAGCGCCCGGUCAAGCAGCGCGCCGCGCCGACGAAGACGAAGCGCUCGACGACCGACCUGAUUGACGAGGCUAAGGAGGCUCUGAAGAGGCGGCGGCUGGAGGAGAUUGCGCGUCUGAGGCAGAAGGCCCGCCAGGAGAUUCUCGAGGUGGAACGGGCGGCGCAGCCCGAGGAGACGAUACACUCGCGGGACUUGGAGGAGCUCGGCAUCGCCGGGUUCGAGUACGCCGUGACUCGGACGAGGAAGCAAGCACGGCGCAGUCCCGGGUGAACGGCGGCGGCCUUCACGCCACAAUCUUCCUGCAAGCCGAGGAUGAUGGCCGCGAAGACAUGGAAUUGGUAGGAUUGUAGGCAACAUGCAUCGAC